UUCUAAAAUUAAAAAAAAAUAAAUAAAUAAAAAACAACCUCGGAAGUGCCUCGGCAAUCUGCGUUGCGCCUCUCCGCCCGUGUUUACGGUAUUUAUGUCAUCACUUCCGCAAAGCGAGAACUUGUGUUUAUUCUUUGUACCAAUUAGCUGCUAGCUUAAAGCGGUCCACAUUAAAACCAACACCGAGCUAACGAAGUAGCCGCAGUUUGGACCCAGUCAGCGGCUCCAGCUAUGGCCUGGUCCGGUUAGCUUUAGGGGCGAGGAAGUUACACACACUGUAAAGUUCACGCUUCUCUGUCACUUUGUUUGGUUUGUUUUAACAAUGCUGAGCAGCAGCGUCGCUCUGCGGGCUCAGAUUAGCUCCAUCAUCGAUGUCUUGUCCAAAGCAGCCGUGGCAGAAAUCGCCAAAGUUGUGGAGGACGGCAUGGUGGUGCUGCGGCUGGAGAUGUGUCAGCGAGAAAACGAGAUCAAGAAGCUGAAGAGCAACAUCGAGGUUCUGCACAACGAGCUGAGAUCACUGCAGGACAGCGAGACCCUGCGACCAGACCACCAGGGGAGAGAUGACAGUCAGAGUGACGUUGGUGAUGAGAGGACCUCGCUUGAAAAGGGGCCCGCCGAUAAGGACCAGAACAGUCGGUCCAGACCUGAGAUGCAGGUGAAAUGUGAACCUGUGGAAGAAGGAACUCAAGGGGCCCGAGGACAACGUGACCAGCUGGGAGAACAACCGACCGCGUUUGAAAGGGACAGUGCGCAGUGGAGACCGACAACGCAAACUCCGACAGGACGCAUCAACUCAGAUUAUUUAAAUUUAGGGCAGAACUCCUUGUCGUGUCUCCCCGAAUCUCGUCUGGACACGGGACUGGCUGCGCCCUGCGGCAGCUCCGCCGGGUUUCAGCACAGCCCGUUCAGCCGCGGGCUGCUGGGGUACGGUCAGUAUCGCAACUCGUACAACCAGGUGCGGAGGAGGACGGUGAAGAGGUUGAUGUUUAAGAAAGGCUACAUCUGUCCGUACUGCGGUAAAUAUUUUGAGCGUGCCGGCCACCUGGAGAGACAUAAGAGGAUUCACACCGGUGAGAAACCGUACCGCUGCGAGAUAUGUGGGAGACGGUUCAAUCAGAAAUGCAGCCUGAAGGAGCACACGAAGAUUCACAGAAGAUGUAUUCAGCCCAGACCACUUGAGCUCAAGGUGGGGGAACAGAAGCAUGUUCCCGAGGUGACUCUAUGUACCGAUGCUCUUCACCCUGAGGAAGAGGGCCUGGUAAAAGCUGAGGAUGUCCUACCUAAGAAUGAGGACAUUCUCACAACGCCUGUGCACGUCAAAUCUGAGCCUGCAGAGGAGAAUAUAGCACCGCCGCUGUUUCACGGAGGAAACGAGCAGGCGAGGGAAGGAGGAGACGACCGCAGUGAGAACUUCCCAACAUUUGAGAGGGACAACCAGCAGUGGAUGUCCAGACUACAAGGACAAAACAACACAGACAUCAGCAGUACAGAGUAUCUCGGUAGCUCGGCGCAGAGCUUGGCGUCCUUCCCGGGGAUAGCUCAGUUAAUGCCGCCCCCGGUCGAGGCGUCUUGUAGCACAUUCUCCUUUCCAGGGAAACCAUAUGGGGAACUCAAAAACAGCAUGAUCUCCCAAACGCCUUAUGGAUCCUCAGACACACUUAUGAUGUCGAGUGAAGGAGGCUUGCACGGUAUGGCGCUGAAUCACCACCACCACAGUGUAAGCAGGUCUUUCCAGGUGAUCAAACCAAAGAAAUGCUUCGGCUGCUCGUACUGUGGCAAGGUCUUUGAGCGCGCCGGCCACCUGGAAAGACAUUUACGAAUUCAUACCGGGGAGAAGCCGUACGGCUGCCAUAUCUGCGGGAGGUGCUUCAAUCAGAAGAGUAGCCUCAAGGGCCACAUGAAGACGCACAGAAAUGGGGAGAACACGGACGUGCUGGAGGCACAUCACUUGAUGUUUACAAUGCCUGACAGUCAACCGUUGAAGAACCUGGCAGAACACAAGACUGGACUGGCAGCUUUAGAGGAACAGCUACUGGGCACCUCGUACAGCGAGGCAGUCGGUGAGCAAACAGUGAUGGUGAAGCUGGAGCCAAGAGGGGAGGGUUUUCACACUCUAAGUCAGGCGGGGACUGACAACGGCACAGACCAAAGUCAGCUGUGGACACCUGGGACAGAGAAGAGCGGUGAUACUGAGGAAACUGUCUGUGUACUUUUACAUGACGUCAAGUAUCACCUCAGUCCUGCUGCCGGAGCCGCCAAUGAGCAGCAGGGAUACACAUCACCAAUAAGAGAUCUGCCUUUUCUAGACGACAAAGAAAAGGAAGAAAUGAUGCACAGUGAUGAGUAUUCAAUGUUGGGAAUGCAACCGAGAAGCUCCGAUAUGACUCUCGCACCUGAGCUGCAGGAUCAACAUGUUGCACCGGAGCUGGCGGUGAAUGAGUUCACAGCAGUGAGCGACAGGACUCACGAGGGAGGCGUGUUUGAAUUUAAUAUGACCGCCUCAGGCAACCAUGUGGACAACUGUGGCGGGGAGGACGCCGCCGCCAGGCAAAAUUGCUUUAUAUGCUCAACUUGCGGGCAAAGCUUUGAUAGUUUCACUUCAUUUCAGAGGCACCAGUGUCAAAAUAUCCCAGAGCAAUCCUUCAGCUGUGAGAUAUGUGGUAAGGUCUUUAAUCAGAUGAGCAUCCUGAAAUUGCACCUUAAACUGCACGUAGAAUAAAUUUGCAAUGUACACAACACGGUAAAACACUCCCACACGAUUCUCCACAUUCUCAUUUUCUCACGGUCGACAAAUCAUUAUGAGAUCUAAAUAAAUACUUGACAAUGUCCCAAAACUUUCAAAAGCUAAAGCAGCAGAACAAAAAUACUUUAGUUUUUUUAUUUGCAGUACUGAUUAAGUACAAUCUUUUUUUUGCAGUAAGGACAAAAAUGUCCUUUAAACUUCCGUCACACUUCAAGUACUUGGCACAAAAUGUUUUCCUUUUCCAAGUUGCUCAUUGAUUGCUUGACGCUGGCCAGAUCUGAGCUUUGGAGUGGCUUUAAUAACGACUUAAUCACUACACGGAGAAACCAAACAAUGCCGAGUGUUUUAAAGGAACAGUGUUUAACAUUUAGGGGGAUGUAUUUUCAGAAAUGUAAUAUAAUAUUAUUUAACUUAUAUUGUUAGCUUAGAAUGAGCCGUUUAUAUCAAUAUAGGGAGCUGGUCCUCUUCAUGGCA